AUGAUUGUGGACUUCAGGAAGAGCACUGUCCCCCCGCCCCCACCCUCCGUGAUGGACUCCCCCAUCACCUCUGUGGAGUCCUUCCGUUUCCUGGGCACCACCAUCACCCAGGACCUCAAGUGGGAGCCGACCAUCAGCUCCCUCAUCAAGAAGGCCCAGCAGAGGAUGUACUUCCUGCGGCAGCUCAGGAAAGCCAAGCUGCAGUUCUACACGGCCAUCAUCGAGUCCAUCCUCACCUCCUCCAUCACCUCCUCCAUCACCUCCUCCAUCACCUCCUCCAUCACCUCCUCAUCACCUCCUCCAUCACCUCCUCCAUCACCUCCUCAUCACCUCCUCCAUCACCUCCUCCAUCACCUCCUCCAUCACCUCCUCAUCACCCUCCUCCAUCACCUCCUCCAUCACCUCCUCAUCACCUCCUCCAUCACCUCCUCCAUCACCUCCUCAUCACCUCCUCCAUCACCUCCUCAUCACCUCCUCCAUCACCUCCUCCAUCACCUCCUCCAUCACCUCCUCAUCCUCCACCUCCAUCACCUCCUCCAUCACCUCCUCUAUCACCUCCUCCAUCACCACCUCCAUCACCUCCUCCAUCACCUCCUCAUCACCUCCUCCAUCACCUCCUCCAUCACCUCCUCCAUCACCUCCUCCAUCACCUCCUCCUUCACCUCCUCCAUCACCUCCUCCAUCACCUCCUCCUUCACCUCCUCCAUCACCUCCUCCAUCACCUCCUCCUUCACCUCCUUCAUCACCUCCUCCAUCACCGUGUGGUUCGCUGGAGCCACAGUCAGGGACAAACAGAGACUACAGUGCAUUGUGCGCUCUGCAGAGGAAGUGAUCGGCCGCAGCCUUCCAUCGCUGCAGGACCUUUCCUGCUUCAACCUCAGCUUCAGCCUCAGCUUCAGCCUCAGCUUCAGCCUCAGCUUCAGCUUCAGCCUCAGCUUCAGCCUCAGCUUCAGCCUCAGCCUCAGCCUCAGCUUCAGCCUCAGCCUCAGCCUCAGCUUCAGCCUCAGCCUCAGCCUCAGCCUCAGCUUCAGCCUCAGCCUCAGCCUCAGCUUCAGCCUCAGCCUCAGCCUCAGCUUCAGCUUCAGCCUCAGCCUCAGCCUCAGCCUCAGCCUCAGCCUCAGCUUCAGCCUCAGCCUCAGCCUCAGCCUCAGCUUCAGCUUCAGCCUCAGCUUCAGCCUCAGCCUCAGCUUCAGCCUCAGCCUCAGCCUCAGCCUCAGCUUCAGCCUCAGCCUCAGCCUCAGCUUCAGCUUCAGCCUCAGCUUCAGCCUCAGCCUCAGCCUCAGCUUCAGCUUCAGCCUCAGCUUCAGCUUCAGCCUCAGCCUCAGCCUCAGCUUCAGCUUCAGCUUCAGCCUCAGCCUCAGCCUCAGCCUCAGCUUCAGCCUCAGCCUCAGCUUCAGCCUCAGCCUCAGCCUCAGCUUCAGCCUCAGCCUCAGCCUCAGCUUCAGCCUCAGCCUCAGCCUCAGCUUCAGCCUCAGCUUCAGCUUCAGCUUCAGCCUCAGCCUCAGCCUCAGCUUCAGCUUCAGCCUCAGCCUCAGCCUCAGCUUCAGCUUCAGCCUCAGCCUCAGCCUCAGCUUCAGCCUCAGCUUCAGCCUCAGCUUCAGCCUCAGCUUCAGCCUCAGCCUCAGCCUCAGCCUCAGCUUCAGCUUCAGCCUCAGCCUCAGCUUCAGCUUCAGCCUCAGCCUCAGCCUCAGCCUCAGCUUCAGCUUCAGCUUCAGCCUCAGCCUCAGCCUCAGCUUCAGCUUCAGCCUCAGCCUCAGCCUCAGCUUCAGCUUCAGCCUCAGCCUCAGCCUCAGCUUCAACCUCAGCUUCAGCCUCAGCUUCAGCCUCAGCUUCAGCCUCAGCUUCAGCCUCAGCCUCAGCCUCAGCCUCAGCUUCAGCUUCAGCCUCAGCUUCAGCCUCAGCCUCAGCUUCAGCCUCAGCCUCAGCUUCAGCUUCAGCCUCAGCCUCAGCCUCAGCCUCAGCUUCAGCCGUUUUGCUGCUGGUUCUAACAUGAUGCAGUAA